GACACUGAGAUUUCAUACAAAAGUAAAAGGAAACACAACGCCAUAGCUAUCCAACUCAUCUCUUGCUCUCAUCAUCAUAACGCCUCUUUCUUGGUCCUGAACACCCAUUUCGCUUAUCUCUGCAAAAGCACGCAGUCUCUGAAAAGAAACAGAGAGAUAUACACAAGAUGGCACUUACUAAAGAAAUCAUGGGUGGUCGUUUAAUUGGUGGACCAUCAUUUGUAACAACAUCAAGAAUGUUCAUGAACCAAAGGCUAGGAAUGGUUAAAAAGAACCAGUUCUUGGUGAGUCCGGUUCUGGUGCCUCUGCAACAGAUUAGAAGACAGGAGCAAGUAAGGAGAGUUGUGAAGGGUCCUCCUGUGGCAGUCAUCAGUGAAGAUAUAAUCAAGGCUAAUAACAACACCAUCUUGCCUGGAAAAGCAGUGAAAUUCAAGGUGAGAGCUUUGGUGGCUGUGAGAAACAAACACAAGGAGGACUUGAAGGAGACUAUCGUGAAGCAGUUGGAUGCUUUAACUGACAGUAUAAUUGGGAGAAAUGUAGUUUUGGAGCUUAUUAGCACCGAAGUUGAUCCAAAAAGCAAGGAACCAAAGAGAAGCAAGGAAGCUGCGUUAAGAGACUGGUCGAAGAAAUCAAAUAUUAAAGCUGAGAGGGUCCAUUACACUGCUGAAUUUACAGUAGACUCCGAUUUUGGUGUGCCUGGGGCAAUCACAGUGAGCAACAAGCAUCAACAGGAGUUUUUCUUGGAGACUAUCACCAUUGACGGUUUUGCUUGUGGUCCCAUUCAUUUCCCUUGCAACUCAUGGGUACAACCCAAAAAAGAUCAUCCUGCGGAGAGAAUAUUUUUCUCUAAUAAGCCAUAUUUACCAAGCGAGACACCAGCUGGGCUUAAAGCAUUGAGAGAUAAGGAGCUAAGCAAUCUCAGGGGCGAUGGCAAAGGAGUAAGAAAAAUGUCAGACAGGAUUUACGACUUCGAUGUGUACAAUGAUUUGGGAAAUCCAGACAAGGGUAAUCACUUGGUUAGACCAAGACUUGGUGGUAAAGCAAUUCCAUACCCAAGACGAUGCCGUACUGGUCGCCUUCCAAUGGAUUCUGAUAUUAACGCGGAGAGCCGGGUGGAGAAGCCAACGCCACUGUACGUGCCUAGGGAUGAACAAUUUGAGGAGUCUAAGCAAAUUACAUUCUCAAAUGGGAGGCUUAGAGCUGUGCUUCAUACUCUAAUACCAGCAAUUAAGGCCAGCAUUUCUGCAGAUAAUCAAGACUUUAGUAGCUUCUCAGACAUUGAUGUUCUGUACAAAGAAGGGCUUCUUCUUAAAGUUGGAUUGCAAGAUGAAAUCUGGAAGAAUCUACCAUUGCUCAAAGCGGUCAACAAGAUACAAGAGUCUGGCGAGGGACAUCUCAAAUAUGACACGCCAAAGAUUCUUUCCAGGGACAAGUUAGCCUGGUUGAGAGAUGACGAAUUUGCCCGUGAAACUGUGUCAGGAAUAAACCCAGUCAGCAUUGAGAGACUUAGGGUUUUUCCACCAAGAAGCAGUCUUGAUCCUGAAAUUUACGGUCCACUAGAAUCUGCUCUCGAAGAAGAACACAUUCUGGGCCAUCUUAAUGGCUUGUCCGUUUCGCAGGCCCUGGAGGAAAAUAAAUUGUUUAUGAUUGAUUACCAUGAUAUUUAUCUUCCAUUUUUGGACCGGAUUAAUGCGCUUGAUGGUAGAAAAGCAUAUGCAACUCGUACCAUAUUUUUCUUGACGCCUCUUGGGACACUCAAGCCCAUUGCUAUAGAGCUUAGCCUCCCACCAGCGGGGCCGAAUUCCCGAUCAAAGCGUGUGGUUACACCUCCGGUGGAUGCAACUGGCAGUUGGAUUUGGCAACUGGCCAAGGCUCAUGUUUGCUCCAACGAUGCCAGUGUUCACCAGCUUGUCCAUCACUGGUUACGCACACAUGCUUCCCUGGAGCCAUUUAUACUGGCAGCACACAGGCAAUUGAGUGCAAUGCACCCUAUAUUCAAACUCCUGGAUCCACACAUGAGAUAUACACUAGAGAUCAAUGCCUUAGCCCGCCAAAACUUGAUCAACGGUGAUGGUGUUAUAGAGUCUUGCUUCACCCCUGGCCAAUAUUCUAUGGAGAUUAGUGCUGCUGCCUACAAAAACUUUUGGCGUUUUGACAAGGAAAGCCUCCAUGCCGAUCUCAUUCGCAGGGGAAUGGCGGUGCCUGACCCGACACAACCACAUGGUCUAAAGCUUCUACUUGAGGACUACCCAUAUGCCCAAGAUGGGCUACUGAUCUGGUCUGCCAUAGAGAACUGGGUCCGCACCUAUGUCGAGCAUUACUACCCAGAUUCAAGCAUAGUCUGUAAUGACAAAGAGCUCCAAGCCUGGUACUCUGAGGCCGUCAAUGUCGGCCAUUUCGAUCUUCGUGAUGCUGAUUGGUGGCCCAAGCUGGCUACGAGUGAUGAUCUUAUCUGGAUCCUCACCGUCCUCAUUUGGCUUGCAUCCGCACAACAUGCCGCACUGAAUUUUGGGCAGUAUCCCUACGGUGGUUAUGUGCCUAAUAGACCAACCCUAAUGAGAAGAUUAAUCCCGGAAGAAAAUGACCCUGAGUACGCAAAUUUCCUAGCUGAUCCACAAAAGUAUUUCCUAUUAGCAUUGCCAAAUGUGCUGCAAGGCACAAAAUUAAUGGCUGUGAUAGACACAUUAUCAACGCAUUCACCAGACGAGGAGUACAUAGGGGAACGACAACAGCCAUCAAUAUGGACAGGCGACGCUGAAAUGAUUGAAGCGUUUUAUGAUUUUUCAGCCAAGAUUCAGCAGAUAGAGCAGGAGAUCAACAGAAGGAAUGCUGAUCCUAGCCUUAAGCAUCGGUGCGGCGCAGGGGUGCUCCCAUAUGAAUUGCUUGCCCCUAGUUCAGGACCUGGGGUAACAUGUAGAGGUGUCCCAAAUAGUGUUACAAUAUAAGCUAAAUCAAAACUUGGAACCAAGUGGUGGCAAGUGAUUAAUGGCCCCAGCAGACUAUUAAUUAGGUAUUUGUGGGCCACUUGCAUUUGGAAAUCAGUGCUGAGAAGAGGCCAUUCCUUCUCU